UGACACGUGAUCAUACGUCAAAUAGAGCAGCAGCAGUCGGCUAAAACUGCUGCUUAAAACUUGGAGAGAGAAAUCUGGUCGCAGAGGUGCUGUUUCAAAGGUAAGGAACAUGGCCCCUGCACCAGAAGCUGAGUUGGUUGUCAGACCCCUGGAUGGAGGUUGGGGCUGGGUGGUGGUGUUAGGGGCCUUUAUUUCCAUCGGCUUCUCUUACGCCUUGCCCAAAGCCAUCACUGUUUUCUUCCACGAGAUCCAGGAGGAAUUCACCAUCAGCUACAGCGACAUAGCAUGGAUCUCAUCCAUCAUGCUCGCUGCCAUGUAUGCAGGAGGACCUGUGAGCAGUCUGCUUGUCACGACAUAUGGAAGCCGGCCAGUCGUCAUACUUGGUGGUGUGAUGUGUUGGGUGUCUAUGGUAACCGCUUCUUUCGGAAAUUCCAUCAUCCACCUGUACAUUUGCAUUGGUGUGAUUGGAGGCUUCGGGCUCUCCUUCAACCUUAAUGCCUCUCUCACCAUCAUCAGUAAGUACUUCCUCGCCAAGCGUCCCUUAGCCAACGGAAUUGCCAUGGCAGGGAGUCCAGUGUUCCUGUGUUUACUGGCCCCACUCAACCAGUACCUACUUAGCAAUUUUGGUUGGAGAGGAAGUUUCCUCAUCCUCGGGGCCAUGCUGCUGAACUGCUGCGUCGCUGGGUCCCUGAUGAGGCCCGUUACUCCACCUCGUAACCCAUCCAAGGCUGUGUCGCAGAAGAAGUUGGAGGAGCAGACAGAUGUCUAUGGCACCAGCCUAAAAAGGAACUGUAUGAAAAACUUCAGAAAGUUCUUGGACUUCUCUCUCUUCAAAGACAGAGGCUUCGUUAUUUACCUCAUCGGGAGCCUGAUGUUUUUCUUCGGUGCCUAUGCGCCUAUUGUGUUUCUGACGGCCUACGCUGUCAAGCAAGGCAUAGAGGAGUACUCUGCUGCCUAUCUGCUCUCCAUCAUGGGCUUUGUGGACAUGUUUGCCCGACCUGGCACUGGCCUACUCGCUAACACCAAGUGGAUUAGGCCCAGGGUCCAGUACUUCCUCAGCUUUGCCAUGGUUUUCACCGGUUCAUGCCACUUAAUGUGCUCUCUAGGCACUGGGUAUGUCUUCCUGGUGGUCUACACAGUGUUAUUUGGCAUCGGUUUUGGCAUGAUGUUUGGCCUGAUAUUUGAAUGCCUGAUGGACCUGAUGGGAUCCCAGCGCUUCCCCAGUGCCGUCGGAUUGGUCACCAUCAUAGAGUGCUGUCCCAUGCUGCUGGGACCACCAGCUGCAGGGGCUUUGGUGGACAUCACUGGCGACUACAAAUACCUUUUCAUCAUGUGUGGUUCAGUGAUUUUGACCGGUGGGGUCUUUCUCUUUGUCAUGAACAUGUACAACUACCACAUGCUGGACAAGGAGAGGGCCAUGAAGGAAAUGGGCCAGAAUCAUGAACCCAAAGACAACCACGACCAGGAGAACGGCACAAUGAUGCAGCUGAAGGAGCAUCCGCCCCCUGAGGCCACAGUGGAGCAGACUGCGCCUGAGGCCAUAGAUGAAACCGCAACCCAGGCAGAGCAAAUGAAAACAUGCAAGGAUGACCCAAGGCCAGAGAGCUUCGAAACGCCAUGAAAAUCGUAAUUCCUCUGUGUUUAGCAUUCAAGAAUUGUUUGUUGUUGUUUACUUUCUGCACUGUUCCACCUUGAAUGAUUUUGACUGUCCCUAUCCAAAAGACCUAUAGCGUCUUGUGAAUGUUUUAAGUCUUUAGCUUUACCUCUACCUCUCAUGUCCUCCUUAGUUUGCGUGUUUCUAUUUUUUUUUCUGCUGUGAUUAUAACUCAUGAUUAUGCUAUGUCUUUUUGAUUUGCUUUUUCAAAUGUUCUUGUGACAAUGUGUAUAACCUUAGGGGACAGGAAUCAGGUAUUUUGCACUCACCCACUGUUCGUCGUUGUUUACAGAGUAUUGAAAAUGCAUUUUACAUAUCUGGUCUGAAGUGGUGAGAACUGAAGUCAAAUGAGCCUGCUGACAGCUAUACAUUUUUUCGUCCGCGGAAAAUAAUACUGUUGCCAUUUUUUAUUUUGAGUAAUUUUUGGAUUUUCUCAUGCAGAAACACAGGGCUGUGAUGUCUGUUCUGCUGUAAUAUAACAGAAAAUGUAUUUUGAAUUUUACCAGUGACAUUUAUUGUUUGAGGGAGAGUAGACCAAGGUGUGCCAGUUUGUGGGACAUGGAGUGGCACAGUUAAGGAGCUUUUUUUUUUAAUACUGUAGUCCAAAGCAUCGCAAGAUGAUCAUAAAAGUGCACUGUACACAUCAGCAACAUUAAAAAAGAACGGUUCUUUAAAAUGUGCCUUAUUUUAAGCUAUUAAAGUCGCCAAAUGACAAAAGCAAUGUUUGCUAGCUAUUACAACUUAAAAACUGUAUACAUUGCUCAUAACGAGUAUCCCAUGUUCUGUUGAUUGACACUGAAUUGAAAUAUGUACAAAUUAAA